AAUGGCAGGACUAAAUCGCCCAUUAUGGGAUUCCAUUUCCAUGAUUUAUAAAUUGGUUAUAAUUACCUUACAAUUCUUAGAUUGAUUUUAAUAUAUCUUACAUCAUAUAUCAUUUGGCUGUUCAAAAUUCACAUCUUAGCAUGUGAUGCCUCGCUUUUAGGGACAAUGCUUGGCUAACCAAAUGUUAUUUUAGUUUUACCUAUCAUUUCCAAUACAGCUCAACAUAUUCGAAAAUCCAGCUGCUUCAUUCUAUUCCACAUUUUGACUUGAUGAAUGUAUUUCAGACAAUGCUGUGCUGUCACUGACUUUUUUUCUGCAUUUAGGUUAUUAUUAAAAAUCUACCUCCAAACAGUUCCCUAAUUGAUGAGAUCAUGGAUCGUGUGAAGGGAUUUCUUAUAAGCAAGGCAUUGUUAAAAGGAGAUCCUUCAGCAACUUCUCGUCCCUUGCGACACCUUCAAGGAGAGAGUGAAUGGAAAAUCGGACCAACUAUUGUGACAUUAUGCGAACACCUUUUCGUGAGUUUUGCAAUCCGCAUGUUGAGGAAGCAAGCUAGCAAGUUCUUACCAAAGAUCAAGUGGAAGUUGCCAGUAGGUGAUGCUCUAAAAGCAGUUGUCCCAGCAAAGGCUGAAGAAGAGCAGAAGCAAAAGUUUAGUUGGAAAUGGGGUUUCACUAAAUUUGUUUUGUCAGGCAUACUAGCAUAUAUUGAUGGAAGGUUAUGUCGCUCUAUCCCUAAUCCCAUAGCGCGGAGAAUUGUAAGUGGUUUCAUCUUGAGUUACAUUGACAAAAAUGAUAAUUAAGGAGCCUUCUCUGUAUGGUUUUUGAAGUAUUAUCUGUAUUGCUUUAGUUAAACCGUUUGGUUAGGAGUCACAUGCCGCAUGCAGAUAUGAAACUUGUAAAGUAGUAGUAGUACUAGUUAUUGUUGUUGUUGUUGUUUUUUUUUUUUUUUUUUUUUUUUUUUUUGGGUAUUGAUUGAAAUUCUGAUGCAAGAUAUUUGAUGCAAGAUAUUUGAUGCAAGAUAUUUGUAAAUUGUAUGGGACUUAAACGUGUAAAUCGAUGCGGAUAAGGUCGUCCAAUAGUCUUCGGUUCGGAGUGAAUUCUGCUGAAGUGGCCCCUGGAUCCGUAUGUCUCGGGAAUCUAUUACUCCAUGCGUUUGAAAAAGACACCCCUAGUUCCCAUUUUCGCUGCUUAAAAUUUAAAUGACUUCCUAGUUCCCACCCCAGUAAACUUGCUUGGUCUUA